AUGGUGAUGAAGCAGGCCGCUGUCUGCCAACCUAUUUUGUCUGUCGAGGAUGCAGAUAAAACUGAGAAAAAACCAAGUAUUUGGGCUUCCAUAUUAUGCGAUGUGAAAUCAUCCGCUAGAAAAGUACCAGCAACAAAAUCUUUAGUGGUUUUAGGUGAUAAUGAAAGUGGCCGAACAACAUUAGUUGCUAAAUUACAAGGAAACGAUGAUCCAAAACGUGGUGCAGGUCUAGAAUAUCAUUAUAUCGACAUUAAAGAUGAUGAUCGAGAUGAUAAUCCAAAAUUGGGCGUGUGGAUUCUUGAUGGCAAUGUAGCAUGUUCGGCUCCGUUGUUAAAAUUUGCUAUUAAACCCGAAACGAUAGAAAAUACAAUGUUGAUUCUUGUUGCAAGUAUGACACAACCAUGGUCGCUAUUGUCAACCUUAAAAAAAUGGACGGCACUUAUUGAAGAGCAUGUUGCUCAAUUGAAAAUUGACCCGACACGUUUACGUGAAAUGCAUGAUCAUCUUCAAUGUGAUUUUCAACAUUAUAUUGAACCAAAUGAUGCAUCAGUAAAUUUAGUACCGCCAACAACAAUACAAAAUGCAAUUAGUGGUGGUCAUGUAUCCAAGUCUAUUUCAUCAAUUUCACUAGCAUCAGCAACAUUAUCAGGUUCAGUAAAUCCAGAUGAGAAAAACGUUCUUCCGCUUGCUGAUGGUAUUUUUAAAAAAUCGUUUGGUAUUCCAAUUAUUAUUGUUAUAACAAAAUCUGAUGCUAUGUCAACAUUAGAAAAAGAAAAUGAUUAUGACGAUCAACAUUUUGAGUUUUUACAAUAUCAUAUAAGAAAUUUUUGUUUAGAAUAUGGUGCUGCGUUGUUUUAUACGUCUGUGAAAGCAAAGAAAAAUAUUGAUAAACUGUAUAAAUAUAUUGUGCACAAGUGUUAUGGCUAUCCAUUUACAUUAACAGCGGCUAUUGUUGAACGUGAUGAAAUAUUUAUACCAGCUGGAUGGGAUAAUCCGAAAAAAGUCGAUAUUUUAUUAGAAAAUCUUCAUCACCUUAAAUCAACAGAUAAUUAUACAGAUAUUUUUGUCAAUCCUGCUGUUAAACGACCGCUAAAACGUGACGAUGAAAUUAUUAUGGCUGAAGAUGAUCAAGAAUUCUUAUCCAAACUUCAGUUAACACUGAAUAGAACUGCAUCGCCGACAAGAACCGAUGAAAACGUGACACCUAUGCACACAAGAUCAGGAAGCAUCAGUGCUGCUAGCAAUUCACAAACAUUGUCUGCUACUGGACGAUCCAGAACUCAACAGAGUGUCACGCCUGGAGCUGCAUCAAAUGAAGGAGCAUUAGCCAACUUUUUCAACAGUCUUAUCAAUAAAAAAUCUGCCGGUGCAGUUACUCCUACAGGUGUUAGUGCAUCUGUUGCUCAACGACCAACAAGUCCAUCUCCUACAACACCUACAUCAAAGCGAUUACAACAACAUCCCUUAACAUUUGCUGUUACACCGCCACCAGGUCGUACAAGAACACCAACAUCACAUAAAAUAUUUGUUCCAUCGGUGAACAUAGAAUCACCACCCAAAGCUUUAUCACCUGUGGUUGAAAGUCAAUGGAUAAUAGAAAAUACUGCUACUAGUUCACCGACUGUUGUCGGUAUACCAUUAGAAGAUAGUGUCUCAAUGGAAACUUUCGAUACUACUGAAAAUCAGCAAACGGAAAUAUCAACCGUUGAACCAUUGGAUCUUCUUCAUAAUGAGCAACCAUUCAAUAGUGCUGCACAAUAUGAAAAAGAGUCAAUUACAGACGUAGACAAACAAAAUAAGCAAUAUUUAGUAUCACAAGAAAGCUCAUUGUCUAAUGCUAGAGAUACAGACAAGGCUGAAACUAACAUUUCAUUUUCAGAAUCAUCACCAAUAACUGAUGAAAACUCAAUUACUAACCAAAUAAUACCAAACGAUGAAACUAAUGAACCUUUGUCAAAUGAUGUCUCUCUUUCACAAAUUGGAACACAAGAUCAAGGACACGAAAUUCAAGAAUCUCCUGCUGUAAAAGUAUCGAUUCCAGAGGUUCUUGAAAGUGAUGAGUCAACAUCUAACAAUUUAUUGGGUGAUACAGAAUUAAGAUCUACUUUUUUAUCGAAAUCAGAUGAAUUCUCGAAUGGUGAAUAUCUGAAUGAUACCUCAUCUACAAAUGAAUCAAUAUUACAUUUUCCUAUUGCUGCACAUGAUACUCAUGAAUUACUACAAGAUGCAGAACUCGAAUUACUUCCACUCUCUUCAAAUCAAAUGUUUGAGAAUACUCAACGAUUGGAUGGUGAAGGAGAUAUAGAGCAACAAUUAUACCCUACUAAAUCGAAAGAUGAAGCAAUUAAAUUAUACGACCAUAAUAGCCCAUCGAAUAAUGAUGAAGAACAAUUAGCCAGUGGAAGACGAUCUCUAGAUUCCAGUUGUCGAAACAGUACAAUCGAUAAGUCAUAUCCACUAACAUCAUCAAAUCCUGCAUUGAAUGAACUAAAAGAACAGCAAGAUCUAAGAGUAUUAUCACCCGUUGCUACUAUGCACACUCCAAUUGAUGAUAAUCUAUUAUCUCUUCCUUCAGUAAGUGAACUACUGGAUGAAACAGUUCACCCUGAACAAAUUUCUGAAGGAUCUCCGUUGUCUGAUAUUCACGAAGCAAUGCUACCAAUUCAACCGAGACCAACAUCACCUUCCAAACUCGAACCAUCUGAAACAUCAACAUUUUUCCAAGACGCUAAUCUAGAGAGUUCAUCUCUUAUUCAGCAAACCGAUCAUGCAAACAUUUCAACAGAUGAAGUUUUAUCAACUGAUCAAUCUUCAAAGAUAUUUUCUACUUCGGGCGAUGAUACCGUUGAACAAGAACAACCAGAUCAAAUUUUUAUAUCUCAUGACAACAUGAAUAAGGAAGACAAUAGUCUUGAUGCUACCGUUCAAAUGACAUCAGAACAUAUAGAUCUACCUAAUACAAAACAGGACAUUUCUCCUCCUCCUACUAAUACUGAUGAAGAGACCUUACUCGAGUCAAUUAUCUCUGAACAUCAAUUCUUACCCGCAGCAAAUGAUCAACAAGCACGCCCACAGAGGAUAGAUGACAUUCUACUACAUCAGGCGAGUAAUGGAAAACUUCUCGCAUCUGAAUCUAUACCAUUGAGCUCAAGUCCCGUAGAAUUUAUUGAAGAGUUCGAACCGGACGAAAGUGAUACACAAUUCAAUCUUUCUCACAAUGAACUUGAAGUGCCAAUUGAUGGCAAAGAACAAGAUAUAGAUCGCACAUCAACACUUCAUUUUCAAAGGGAAGAACACAAAAGCCCUUUGCUAUCUUCUCCUAUUGAAGAAGAAAUACAUCAAAGAAGUCGAUCCCAAUCAACUACGAGUACGAAUGAAAAUGUAAUAAAUCAAUCGCUAACAUCAGGCAUCGAAGAAGUCAAACAAAACAAUCAAGGAAGUCAGCCGCCAUCACCGAUCAUGCAAGACGAAGAAUCCAGCAGGCUACCACUAGUACCGGCCGUUACAGAGAGAGAACACGACAACAGAACUUCAUCCCCAAUUCAUGAAGAGGUACAGCAGAGAAGUACAUCUCAAUCACUGUUUACCACAAAUGAACAUCAAAACAAUCAAUCAUUAUCACCAACUACUCCAGAACUAGAAAAAAAGAGCGCAUUAUCACCCGCAGAAUCGCACGAAGAAGUCCAGAACAAUCAAUCUGAACACUUUGUCGCAGAACAAAACGAUCAAAGAGACAGACCAUCAUCACCAGCAGUCGAGGAACCGGAGAGUAGAAGUCAGUCUCCAUCACCUUUUGUUACAGAUAAACAACACCUAAGCCGAUCCCCAUUGUCUGGUAACGAGCAUGAUGCGCAACAAAUCAGCGAGUCUAUUGGAGACAAAGAAAAUAACGACCGAAGUCGACCAUUAUCGCCUGCCUCAGACGAUAUUCGACAAAGAAGUUUCUCGCAGACAUCAAUCGUUCCAGAGAACCACGAAAGGAACCGGAUGUCGCCGCUUUAUUCUGAAUCAAGAAACGAGCAAAGUCGAACAACUUCGCCUUGCAUCGAGAAGGAAGAGUGGGCACGCAGCUUAGAAUCACCUAUUUUUGACACAAAAUCACAAAUUAGUAAAUCAAGUUCCCCCGUCAUAGAAGUAUCCGAUGAGGGCAAUGUGUCAACUAGUGCCGAACCGAGCGAUAAACGCGAUCAAUCUCCGUACUCCAUCAUUGAAGAUUCACAAGAAAAAAGCUCAUCACCGUUAGGCAUUCUGGAGUAUGAGCACGAAACGAACAGAUCGUCGGGUCACGUUGAACAAAACAACGCAGAAAUUAGCUCAUCAGCUUCUGAAAACGAAGAGCCUGGAAGAAUUUCAUCUCCAUCCUCAGUGUCCAAAAUCAAAGAUGACAAAAGCCGACCAUUCCCGUUCAUAGCCCAUGACGCCCAACAAACAAUCAUAACUGCAACAUCUGACCUAGAAGAUGACGGACAAAGAAACAAAUCAUCAUCGCCCACCGCACAUGAACUGGAAAAGGCUAACCCAUUGUUUCCCGAGGAAAGAACACACCAUCAAAAUCAUUCAUCGUCUCCUAUCCUGACAGAAGUACAACAAAGAAGCUCUUCGCCAUUAGAUGAUAUUGGAUCUGAACAAAAAUUCAGUCGAUCUUCAUCACUCAGCUUACGGGAAGAGGGACACGAACGUUCAUCUCACUCAUCCAAUUUCCAACUACUGGACAAGGGUAGCCGUUCCCCAUCGCCAGCUCAUGGUUCAAUACAUGAAAGAAGCCGUUCCCCAUCGCCAGCUCAUGCUCAUGGGUCAAUGCAUGAAAUAAGUCGUUCUUCAUCGUCAGCUCCAGUACCGUUGUAUGAUAGAAGUCGUUCGUCGUCGCCACUUCGGGAACCACUAGAUGGAAUAAGUCGUUCUUCGUCGCCAUCUCAUGGUUCAAUACAUGAAAGAAGCCGGUCUCCAUCACCAGCUCCUGAAGCAAUACGCGAAAGAAGUCGUUCCCCAUCACCAGCUCAUGGGUCAAUGCGUGAAAUAAGUCGUUCUUCAUCGUCAGCUCCAGUACCAUUGCAUGAAAGUAGUCGUUCGUCGUCGCCGCUUCGGGAACCACUAGAUGGAAUUAGUCGUUCACCAUCGCUAGGUCCUGUACCAAUCAAUGAAAUAGGUUAUUCUCCAUCGCUCAGUUUACGAAACGAAGAACAUAGGAAAUCAUCUCAGUCAGGUGAUGUUGAAGAGGUGCAGUGGAUGAAACAAUCGGCAUCCCGAACUGAACAGAAUCUGAAAGAUGAGAGCGCGUUGCCUGCUCUAGAUGAAAUGGCGAAUCAAGUAGAGUCAGCAUCACCAGAUGACGAGGUAGUAGUUAGCGGAGUUUCGUCGUGGUCACCUGGCCGCCUGGAGAGGCAAUUAAGUGAUAGACCCGUUUCACCCGGUACUGAGGAACAAGAUGAACGAAGUGAACCAGUGUUGGCUGUUGGCGGAUCAGCGAAACAAACAAGUGGUUCUUUUUCAUCCAGUAUGGAACAUGAACUGGUGGGAACAGACUCUCAUUCAUCGGCUGGUGAAGAAUAUCACGGUGAUCAGGCGAAACGCUUUUCCUCGGAUAGAAUCAUUCAAAGGGAAUCUGAUUUGGCAGAAAAUAUCAGUAGCGUUUCUGAAGGAAGUGAUUUGAAUGAACCGGAAACUAAAUCAUCUAAUGAGGUACUGUGUUUGCCUAUUAAUUAUGAUCAACAAGAAAUUGGAUUCAAUGUGCUUACAUCAGUGAUAGCUGAGAGUCGACAAAGGGACUCCCUUGUGAAAACAGACGAGGACACAAUCAAUUCUGGUGCUUUAAAAACAUCAAGAUCUCCGUCAGUUUUAUCAGAAUACUUAAUUAAGGACAAUGAUCUUCAAUCAAGGUGUGACGUUAUGUAUGAAACUGUACACAAGUCAAAUGAAAAUGAGAUUAUUUCGCAAAUGGUUCAGUUGCAAGAAGAAGAUCAUGAUCAAGCAUCGUCACUGAUAGUUAGUGGAAAAGAGAAUGAUAAAAGUCAGAACGACUUGCAAUCUUCUACGCCAUUUACAUUUGCAGAUGACAAUACUGAACAAUCCAAAGAAAAUAGACAUAUUUUGUUAGAUAGAAAUGGAUCAUUGAAAGAUUUUUCAUAUCCGUCACCUUUAAUGGAAGAACCUUUCCUUGUUUUGUCACCAAUUCCAGAUUCUCCAUUAGUAGAAGAACAAAAAGAAACACCAAGCAACAAUACUAUGGAAGAAAACCAACAACCUCGUUUGGUAUCACCGCCAGUGGUAUUUCACACGGAAAAUCAUACUUCUUUAGCAAAUACUUCGCUUGUACAUGAAUAUGUUCCAACAACAACACUUGAUGAGAAAGAAAGUACAACGUCGCCCACUCAAGGUAUUCAGCAAAAAUUAUCGAAUGAUUCUGAUUCAUCAGCUUUAAUCGAAUCAAAACCUCUUGAAACAGUUGAAACAAUUUCAUUAGAACAAACUUUACCAGCUGAUCAUCAUAUUGAAUUGAAUACUUCUACUAAUCCUUUAUCAUCUGACAAUCGCUUAUCGACUAUUAUACGCAGUCAAAAUUCAUCAACAAUUGCUCGUCCCAAUAGUCUUCCAUUUUCUCCCAACGAUCAUGAUCUUGACGGACUUUAUAUUUCAAAUGAUUAUGAUGAUGAGGGUGAAGUAGCUGAAAAUAAUGAAUAUGAUCAUAAUAGUGCUCCGAUCACAACAAAUAUGGAAUAUCAUGAUUCUAGCCUGAAACUUAAAAAUAAUGUUGAAGAACAGAAUGCUCCAACAGAUGCAAAUGAUACUGGAAAAACUCAGUCGAUAGUAGAAAAGUCAAAGAUAGAAGAUAAUGACAAUAACGGUAUUGAUUCAACGAAUUCCAAAAGAAGUUCAAAUUAG